AGCGAGUAUGUCGUCAAAUAGCAAUAUCUUGAAACGUAAGAACGACGAUCUCGAGUCAUCCGCUGGAGAUCAACUUAACAAACGUGUAGCCCUUGAUUCUGAACAGUUGGAUCUCAAUGUGAUUCAACAAGAACAAUCACAAACUGCUCCAGCCAUUGGCUCCUCUGUUACUGGAGAGGUUGUUGAGCCCGUAGAAGUUUCCGCAGAAGCAAUUCACGAAGCCUCGGCCGAAAAGACCGAGACUCGAUGCCGUAGUGAACAUGCUAGUGGUUCAAAACCUAUCUCCAAUCAUCGGGAACGGGAUAGUGACCCGACUUAUGUGCUGAUCCGAAUGUACUGUCCGGUUAAGGAGGCCAGCUGUAUUGUGGGGAAGAAAGGUGAGAAAAUCAACCAUAUACGUGAAAAAGCAAGUGUACGCAUCAAUGUCAGUGAGAACUUGAAGAAUGUGCCUGAACGUAUAAUUUCUGUCCGUGGACCAGCGGAGAACGUAGCUAGGGCAUUUGGACUCAUCACAAGAACAAUUUUGGAUGAACCUGAAGAUGAACCUGCUUCCAUGAUCAGUCAGCAGUACAACUUGAAGAUUUUGGUGCCUCACCCUAUGAUUGGCUUCAUCAUUGGAAAACAGGGCCUGAAGUUUCGCGAGAUUGAAGAAAACUCAGCAGCCAAACUAAAGGCAGCAGAGCAACCUUUGCCGUAUUCUACAGAUAGAAUUUUGUCCAUAACUGGAGUGGGAGAUGCUAUCCAUAUAGCCAUCUAUUACAUUUCCCAGGUAAUGCUUGAGCACAAAGAUUGUUUGAAGAAGAACAAAAUCAUCUACUACAACCCUGCCAACUUCCACCACUCCAACGUCUCUAAUAGCAUGAUGAACAUCUCAAUGGUUUCCAACAAUAACAAUAUGAACAAUAUGAUGGUUAUGGGUCCAAAUGCGAUGUCUCUUCCAAUGAAAGAUAACAAUAUGGCCAAUCCGUAUGGACAGAAGCCACAACCAUAUGGCCAGCACCAAAAUAAACCUCCACAGCAACAUCAGCAUCAACAGCAACAACAGCCUUACAAUUUCCAGAUGAUGUUCCAACCAGCUAUACAUCCACAACAUCACUACGGAGCCAUGGCUCCAGCAGCAGCUCCACCACCUCCAAUUCAGAUGCCAUCACAGACUCCAUACACUGACGAGCACGGUAACACAAUUAUCGGCGAAGUCAUCACUAAUCCUCCAGUUCAAUCAGGACCUACUCCUGAUAAGUUGAACCAAGACGUUUUCGUAGCCAACGCCAACAUAGGAUCCGUCAUUGGAAGAAGAGGUAAUAAUAUCAAACACAUCAGAGAAAACAGCGGAUGCACAUAUGUCAAAAUUGAACCAGACAAGGGCCAAUCCAUCAUGUUGGGAGGCGGCAAAGGCUUAACCAACAUCCGAAAAUUGACGUUGACAGGAACCCUCAGCUCUAUCCAGACUGCCAUCUUCUUGAUCAACCAGAGAAUCGCAGCCGACAAGGAAAGAAAUGCUCUUCAUUGACUUGUACACUUUUGAUAACUCUCAUAUUCAAUGUCUGUGGACCAUCUAUAGUCUUCUUUCUUUCUUUGUUCUUUUUAUCACUUUCAUUUUCUAAUAUAUCUUAUCUGAUCAUCUGU